AUGGAUGAGAGUUUUGUCCACCAGGCUCAUGGUUCCCCGUAUUAUUACUUCGCCUCCGACGAGAAUGGAGUUGUGCAGGAUGGGAUUGGUCGCACAACGGGGAAGAGCUUGCGCAUGAUCAUGGUGCAUGCAGUCACGAAGUGGGCGCCGUUGGCUAAGUUUUGUGAUGGGUUUCCGAUCGAAGAGGGCUGGUUCAAGGAAACGGCCGAGUUUCUGUGGCAGGCUAAGUUGGCAAAGGGCGAUUACCACGCAGUAAUGACCGACUUGAUGUUGAUGGAGUGGCUUGAGCACCGCCUUAGUCCUGCGUACAACGCGAUCCCUGAGUUCGAAGGCAAGCAGAUGAUUCUUGUUCUUGAAAAUGCCUCAUACCACCAUGGAUUUGACGCGGAAGUCAAAGAGCCGGAAACCAACACCAAGAAGUACAACGUCGAUCUGUUACAUAAGUUUGGGGGCAAGUCGAUCAGGGUUAGGCGUAAGGAGGGCGAACAGGGCGUUGUUGAGUACAACUUCGAGGUACCGACAGAGCCUGGUUCCUCAUUCCCUGCAAGGAACAGAGAGGGCGGUGUAAGCAGAGCGGAGGUGGCAACGGCCACUCGGGGGUGGGUGUUGAUUUGGACGCCGCCCUACAUGCCGUCCUUUCAACCGAUCGAGCUUUUUUGGCAGCAUGGCAAGCAGUACGUCAGUCUUAACUUUGAGUUGAAGCGAAAAAUGCGGGAGGUGUGGGUGCAGAUUCGUAAAGCCAAUUGUUCGAAGCUGGUUGAAGACGCCAUUGGGGAGAUGAAUAAGUUGGUCAAGGAUCGUGAUGGAGUGCUUUCUGGUACCAUAGGCAACCUCCAAAAGCCGGACGGGUGCGACAAAAAUGAUGUGUCGCCCAUGGGUGAUGUCGAGGAAGGGGGGGGGGAUGCGUACCCUUACGUUGUGCAUGCCGUAGCGGGGGGGCUCGGGUACUGGUUGGGGGUCGGGUCUAUGUGUACUGCAUUCUCGAAUUGUCCCCUCACUGUAGCUACUGUGGAUUUUCAGUAUACAGCUAUCCUCACUCAACGCGUCUAUGUGUCCAGCAAUCUUCAAUACAAAUCCACCUGUGAGGUUUCAGUAUGCAGCUUUCUUCACUCAAGGCGUCUAUGUGUCUGGCAGUCGCAAACGUCACUCAACCCGUUAGGUCUCAAUAUCCAGCUAUCCUCACUCAAAGCCUCAAUGUGUCUGGCACUAUCCAACAUCACCCAACCCGUGAGGUUCCAGUCCGUGUUUCUUGGCAUCACGGUGUCCCUGCUAGUGUCUCAGUACCUAUUGAGGAAGGAGAAGUCGGCGGACGCCGCACGAAACGCCUUCGGUGACGGGCAAGGGGGCGACAAGGAUGUCGAGCAUUACAACAACGUCGACCGCGACGACACCUACACCCAGAUCGCCCGCAGCCUGUCCACGGGACGGCUGCUCGCUUCCCCUCCCAUGAGCUCAGAGGAAGGGUCUUCGGCAGACGAGGGUGGCGGGAGAAGGGGGAGGAGGGACGACACCGAGAGCAGCGGCGACAGCUACAGCACGGGAGAAAGCGACACGGAAAGUGACGACGAGGCGUUCCUCGAAACACGGGCGACAGUAUCAGGCGUCGACAUCAAACUAGGAAACGCAGCAGCAGCACAACCGGCAUCCUCUUUCCUGUUGGGCACUGCCACAGCAACAACGGCGGGGGACGAGAGUGCCGUAGUGACAACCCAGCCUACACAAGGGGCCCCAUGGCCUUCCUCAAACGAUGGCCCUAGAGCGGCGCCCAGGCGGCGGAGCAUGUUCGCGCCGGGGGGCAAUCGGCUGGUGUACAAACGGGCAUUCAGCGCCAGGGAAUCCUCCUCGACAGAAGGCGGGGAGGAGAAAAAGUGUGCACCCAAGGAGAUUCGAAGCAGUAUCCUGCCGCUGACGCCACAUGCGAAGGUGUACCGAUUCAGGUGCCGGAUAGGCCGCCUACCGGAGGUGGAAACCCUCGCUGGGCACCUCCGGGUUCAGGGGUUCGUCGUGGUCGCGUCGGGGCCGUUAGCCGACGGCCGCACUAGCAUUUACGCGUGCGCCCGCGGGAUGGGGGUGGAAGCACUCUUCUUUGCAGAGCUGGUGUUCGAGAAGGAAAUGCACGAGCUGGCAUUCACGUUCAAGUGUCAGGACGAACGCCUGACGUCGAGGUUCGUGUGCCACAUGCACCUGCGUCGGGUUAUCGGCGACCAUCAGCCGAUCGCAUAGAUGGAUUGCUUCUUUUGCACCGGCCGCUCGAUUGGUGUUUUUUCUCUUUGAAAGCGGAAGGAGGAAUUGAAUGCCGAUCGAACGACAGUCAGUGGAUCGAUCGAGUGUCGCGUUGUUUCGAUGUCAAUAAUAAGCUUCUCCAUUGAGAUUGGUCAGUGUUCUUGGGCUUGCUGAGAGCUCGUUAGUCGCAUUGAAUAUUUGAGUGACCGGCACGCGCCGGGAGCAAAUCGUGACUUAUUCAUUGAGAGGCUUGCGAAGCCUCAUCUCUCCGUGGUUAGCACUUCUCUCUCCAUGUCUUGAAUCAUAUCACAUCAUAUGGUUAGUCUGGGACAAUUUGUCCAUGUUGAUUUUUCGCGAUAUCUUUUGAAAGAAUUCGAUUCAGGAGGAAUACAAGCCAUCUUGGUGAUCCCCAUAACAAGGCGAGGAACAUAUGAAAAGUAACAGACUUGCGGGAAAAAUGGGAACGUACCCAAAAAUGAGAAUGGGCGUUUGUUUUUAGAAAGCAAACCACGCCUUUGCAACUCCCCCCAUAAAAGUUGACAGUGCAGCAGCAGCUGUAGGUCUUUACAGCAGCUUUCGAAUGAGCUGUUGCUCAAGCUGUAUGUCCUCGGCAUCGCCGAGGUAGCCAGCAUCGCGAGAAAUCAGGUCGAAACCAGCACGAAUCGCUUUUUGCGCCCGUGAG